CUUGGGAUACGAGUUCUGAGCCACUGACACAGUUGGCUGCGCAUUGUGACAUUACUGAGGCAACCUUUGUUUUGGAAUUUGUGUUUGUGAUAGUAUUACUGGCCCAUGACAAGUACUCAAGAGUUGGUUCCCCAGGUGCUGUUUCUGAUUAUUGGGGCAUUCUUAGAGCUAUUAAAAACGAAAAAUUAUUUCAUCUGCAUAAAAAAGGAGUUAGUAUUACAACAUUAGAGAUUGAAGAUUUUACCUAUGUUGUGGGAACUCCUUCAUUAUACAAUUUUUUAUCUUCACGUAUGAAGGAAAACAUUGUUUUGGACGCAAUGCAUCACUUUGAGUUCUAUUGCACUAUCGUCAUCAUUUUUGGAAAUUUAGCAGUCACAACUUCAGAGGCAGAUAUAAAGAACUCAAAAAUUAAUUGCGAAAUGAAAGAUUUCGGUUCUUCAACAGAAAAUAUAACAUGUGAAAAACGUGAAUUGAAUGCUAACAUUGCGUUACUAGAAAACGGAGAUGCUUUUAUAGAACUUAUCAACACAACUCUUCCUUCAUCAGAGUUUUGUAUUCUUAACCGACAUUUUUUCAUUUGUAUUGAUGUCUGGGAAAUAAUACAAAAGAAUAUUCUACACCGUUGCGAUAAAGUUUUCUACGAAGCACAAGAGUACGAAAUUCUCGCUAAUGGGUCUAUAUUGCUGUAUGGUGAUAUAUUAGAAAAUGGAACCUAUAAAUUCGAUGAUGAUGGAAUAAUUACAUGUGCUAUGGAUUAUGAUUUUUCGAUUCAUAACUUUUCUGCAAAUCACCGCUUUCCUUAUAGAGAAUCAGAUUAUAACUGGUUAUCUAACUACUUCGUCAAAAUUGGAGUUUAUAUAUCCAUACUUGCAUUGUUGUCUCACUUAGUGAUUUUUUGUAUAAUACCAUCUCUACGUAACCUUCCUAGUUACAAUUUAUUUUCUUUGAGUAUUGCACUUCUACUGGCUUAUUCUAUUAGUCUUAUAGCACAAAUACGAGACAUUGUGGGUGUUUACUGUGUUAUCGUAGCAGUACUCCAGAAAUAUUUCUUUCUAGCGUCGUUUUUCUGGAUGAAUGUGAUAGCUUUUGAUAUGUGGAGAAGAAUGCGAACGUUAACUCGCAUUAACUCGGCUAUCACCAGUAAUUUCAGAAGGAAGCGGUUCUUGUUUUAUUCCUUGUAUGCUUGGAGUGUUCCAUUAGCUAUUUCUCUCACAAGUGUCAUGAUUGAUAAUAUAGAAAAUGUUCCACAAGCGUAUAAACCACAUUUUGGAUUUGAUGAUAUAUGCUGGAUUGUUGUGAAUUUAGCACAAAUUAUAUUUUUUUCAGUUCCCGCCUUCACUCUUGUUACAAUGAAUAGCAUAUUCUUUGUGUUGACUGCAUUUUUGAUAAACAGCAAUGCAAUGAAGAACUCAAAUGACCAACAGGUGAAUGCUGAGAGGAUUAAUUUUUUUCUUUACCUUAAAUUGGGCUCACUGAUGGGUAUUACCUGGAUGGUUGGAGUUUUUGCUACUGUCUCAUACAAUAAUAUCAUUUGGGACAUAUUUGAAGUGCUAAAUUCCUUUCAAGGGCUUUUCCUUUUUUUGAUUUUUGCAGUUUCAAAGAAAGUCAAUAAGCAUUUCAGGAAAAGAAGUAAAUAAAAUCCUGAUGUAUGAAAUCGAUUUAGCAAGCCAGAUCUUGAAGACAUCGACAUACUAAUAUCAGAGAAAGAAAUAUUUUUGCCAUAAAAGAGGUUUUAUACAGAGAAAUUAAUGACGAAGAUUUUAUUAAAUAACCAGUUUUUGAUUUGCUACGGGCAUCAGUACCCAAACAGACAACAAGGACUUGCAACAUCUAAGCUUGAUAAGAACGACACCAUUUUGCUACCUGUUGUCUACUACAUUUACUUGUUGUCUAUGGUUACUUGACAUUUGAAGAACUGAACUGUACAGGAACUUUAAAAGACUUAUAUAAAACAUUUUAUAAAACA